UUCUUGGUAUUCCCAAAAGCAAAUUAUUUUUCACUUUUGCAAAUCUUGUGAGUUUUGAGUUGCGAGGUAAGCUGCCAAAUAGACCAUAAAAACAUGAGACAACCAGAUAUUAGCAGCAUGGAAAAUAGAUGGACACUACAGGGGAAGACGGGUCUGGUCACCGGUGGAACAAAAGGCAUAGGGCGUGCCAUAGUUGAAGAACUAGCAGGGUUUGGAGCCACUAUCCACACAUGUUCUCGCAAUCAAAAUGAACUUGAUCAGUGUUUGGAAGAAUGGAAAAGCAAAGGAUUUCAAGUUAGUGGAUCGGUAUGUGAUGUGUUGUACAGGGACCAACGAGAGAAACUCAUCGAAACCAUCUCAUCUCUCUUUGAAGGGAAGCUCAAUAUCCUAGUAAACAAUGCUGGGAUGGUAAUACCAAAAAGUACCACGGAAUUUACAGCCCAAGAUUUCUCGACAAUAAUGGGUACCAAUUUUGAGUCUGCUUAUCAUUUUUGCCAAAUUGCACACCCUCUUUUGAAAGCUUCAGGAAAUGGAAACAUUGUGUUUAAUUCUUCUAUAGCGAGUGUCGUUGCUCUACCUAUGAUUUCUGUUUAUGCAGCAGCCAAAGGUGCAAUAAAUCAAGUCACAAGGAGCUUGGCUUGUGAAUGGGCAAAGGACAACAUUCGAGUUAAUACAGUUGCUCCUGGGCGUAUCAACACUCCUCUUGUUGAGAAUCUAAUAAGCAAUUUUGGAACGGCAAAACAAAUGGAUCAUACAAUUGCUGGAACUCCGAUGACUCGCGCCGGAGAGCCCAAGGAGGUUUCAUCCGUGGUAGCAUUCCUUUGCCUCCCGGCGGCUUCCUAUAUCACUGGACAGAUCAUUUAUGUGGAUGGUGGAUUUACUGUCAAUGGCUAUCCACCGACUCAGCAGUAGGCCUCCAUCUUUAUAAAGCUGUUUAAGCUUUUACGUUAAUUGAUUCUACAAUCAAAUUAGAAAAUUAAACUCUUCAUCUUAUGUUAGGCUUUUAAAUGUUAUUGAAAAUCCCUCCAGACUGUUCUUCGGGAGAAAUAUAUUAGGCUUUCCUAAGAUGAAUUGUGUUUUCCAAAUAAAAGAUUUGGUCCUGAUUAUAAGUAA